AGGUGACCCAAGACAGCUGGAACAAGUGACCGCAAGACCACACUGUGGGUCCUGAGAGCUGCCUUUCCCAUCUGCUUCAGCCCUACACCAAGUAGUCCUGGAUGUGUCCAGCUCUUUACAGAGAUGUACAAAGCCUCACCUGUAUGGCCCGAAUCCCUGCCCAGCCCAUCUCACUGCUCUGGCCUGCACUAGACUUGAGACUUUCUACAUCGCAGCUGGAAAGAGGCAUCAAAGCUGUGGUGCCGGUGGAUUAUGACUGCAGGGGAGCUGUGUUGCAUCUGCAAAUCUCUGUUGUGCAUCAAGACCACAUCUGAGCCGCCCCACUGUGGAAACUGAAGAGCUGGCGAGGACGGUGCGGAGGUUCGGAGGCACACCGUGAUGGUGGGAGCCAUUCCACGGCAGCCACGCCGCUUCUGGGGGAUGCCUGGCUGGCAGGUGUCUUCAGCUAGUUGUGCCAACGACUACCCGCUGCAGGUCAGGGAAGUUAAUCUGGAGAAAAGCGGGGUUCUGCUGCAGAGGGAUGCUGUGCUGCAGUGCACCCGGUAGCAGAGGGCUCACCCGGAUGUCCUGAGCAAGGGAGGGGUCCAGCUCCCACCCCCUGUCCUUGCACCCUGACCUGUGGCACUUUACGGUCCCCCUCCCGCUGCUGCAUGGGCUGUUCUGACUCCAGCUCCGCUUGGAGUCCAGGUAAUUAAGGCUCCAUGCGGCACAUCCACGCGGAGACGUCCCUGCCCCCGGAGCACGGCACAGACCCCAGCCUGUCCCGGCCCAGUGGAGAGGCACCCUUGGAGCCUUCUGCACAGCGCUGCACCCACCGCAGCAUCCUGAUGGGCUACAACGAGACAGAGAUCAAGCGCCAGAAGGUUUACCAGGUCUCCAUCUUCUCCCAUCUCUCCAGCUCCUCUGAGAGCACGGAGCAGCGGGCAGGCAGCCGGCCAGCUGUCAAGAGGGGUUACCCUGAGCAGCGAACUCCUGAGGGGAGACGAGAUCCCAAACGAACUCACUGGGGUGGCGGGGGGGACGGCAAGCGUGACGGGGGCCCUGGGCAGGCUACCCUGGACGAUGAGGAUACCUUUGAGGAUGGUCUGCUGGUGGAGGAGCUGUCCCUGUGCGGCUCUGCCCAGCACUUCUCCCACAGCGGGCUGCGGGUGGUGGAGCACCGCUGCGAGUGCAGCCCUAGUCACAGCCCCAAGGCCAGCAGAGAGGACAAGUCACAGGAUGUCUCCUCCUCCUCCUGGCCCCAGCACAUUGCUUGCAGUACUUUGCACACGAGAGACAGUUGCUCUGUCUCAUCGGGGGAUCAGCCUACAGACUAUGGGGAUAAUGUGGAGCGAGCAAUUGGCCACAACUUACUUCACCUUGAUUUGCACAAUAUUGCACAAACAGCUCGGGUGGACUCUGGUGGGAAGAGAGAGAAGCCAGGAAGCAGCCCAGCACACAGCAGCAGGGCUAGCAGAGAGGAGGAAUGGGAAAUGGUGGCCAACGGGUGCAAGGAGCCCCCUUCUCCACAGACAGCAUUCAGCCCAGAGCCCAGCAACCUGAGCUCCCUGGAGAAGACACCCUGCGGGAGUAGCCAACACAGCAGCAGCAGCAACUGUCCAGCCAAAAGAAAGCUGCUGCCUGCUGGUGAGGUUGUGGCUGACUCCUGCUCUGAAGAUGAAAGCCUGUCCCUGCCAGCAAGGAAGAAGAGGGUCCUGCCGUGCCACCCAGUCCCAACAGCUUGCCGCAGCACUGAUGCUAAGGGGGCCCCGUUCUGGAAUCACCUGCUUCCCACGGCCAAGAGCUCUAUGGAUUGCACUGCAAUUGGGAGGAGGCUGAAGAGUGGGCUGCGCCUCAAAUCUCGACAUCUCCGGAGCAGUCUCCGGAGGGGCACCAGGUCCUCUGCAGCACCCUGGGCCACCACGAUCAUCAGCCAUGCUCUACUGGGCAACUUUGAGGAGUCGAUCCUGAAAGGACGCUUUGCACCGUCGGGGAGGAUUGAGGGGUUCACAGCAGAGAUUGGUGCCAGCGGCUCCUACUGCCCCCAGCAUGCCACUCUGCCUGUUGACGUCACCUACUUCGACAUCUCUGAACACAGCGUGCCCUCGCCUUUCCUGGGAGUGAUUGAUUUGGAGGGCUUGGGAAAGAAGGGUUACAGUGUCCCCAAAGCUGGAACCAUCCAAGUGACCUUAUUUAACCCCAACAAGACUGUGGUGAAGAUGUUCUUGGUGACGUACGACUUCCAGGACAUGCCGGCCAACCACAUGACCUUCCUACGCCAUCGCAUCUUCCUGGUACCUGUGGGAGAGGAGGAAGGGGCCAUUGUGCCCCCCCGAGACCCACUGGGCACUGACCCACCCCGCAGGGUCCUCUGCUACCUGAUGCACCUAAGGUUUCACAGCUCCAAGUCGGGGAAGAUCUACCUUCAUGACGACAUCCGGCUGCUUUUCUCCCGCAAGUCGAUCGAAGUUGACUCGGGGAUCCCCUAUGAACUCAAAUCCUUCACGGAGAUGCCAAGGAACCCCUGCUACUCACCUCGGGCCUGAGCCCAUUGCCCAGGGCCACCGGGGAGCCUCCAGCCCAGCACAUUGGGGAUAAAUGAGUAAAAGGCCACCCAGCAAGCACCGCUGUGAAGUAUUGCCCCGCCUGCACACCCCUGUCCUCCUGAGCAACAUGGACACCGUGCCCACGCCCUGCAGCAGGGCUGGGAUCACCAAGGGGGCUUCACCAGGAGGGGCAGAGGCUUGGGAGCAGUCCUGGCACGCCAGGCAUAUGCCCAGGCCUUCUGCUGGUGCUGCUUCCAGCUUAGAGACUUGGCUGUAGCUGGCAGGGUGGAGUGGAGUUGGGCUGGGGGUUCCGGGUGAGGCUGCCCAUGCUGGUCCCGGUGUUGGGAGCAGAAAGUGCAAAAGAGUUUGUAUUUAUUAGUAUUUAUUGUUGCAGGGAGUGCAGAGGCUUGUGCAGGAGAUUGGAGGUGCUGUGCUGUUCUUCCCCAACCCUGUUGGUGUUGGAUGAGGCCCCUGGCAGCAUGGGGCUGCCCAGGUUGGGGUGGGGCUGUGGGGGCUUUGAGGGUAACUGGGGAUGGGGACACCUUGUCUAAUGGAAGAGGGUGACCCCGCUCUUGUCCAGGGUGCACCUCCUGGGCCAGGGCUGUUUUAAAAGCACUGGAAGAGGCUGAGACUUGCUGGCCACCAGCUAGGAAGGUCCAGCCCCAAUUCGAGCAGCUUGGGGAAGCCUGGACUUGUUCUCUGACCUGUUUAGAGUGAGCCAAGACUCCGAGAAGUCUGGGGCUGGCAGAGAAGUGGCCAUUGCCGUGGAUCCUGGGGAUAAGAGUCAUGGCUGUCUGACAGAUGGGGAUAUGGGGCUCUGAGCAUGGGGACAGCCCUCCUGGCUGUGCUGUGGAUCUGAGAGAAGGCAGCAGAGAUUGCCGAAAAAAAUCAGAGCCUUGCACUGCACAUGCGGAGUGAAUCCCAUCCUGGAGGGGACUUUGGGCAGGGUCCUGGCAGCAGUGUGAUCAGGCACUGGAGGAUGGCCGGGAGCCCUGGCUUAGUCCCUGGGAGGAGGGGAAGCAGCUGAGGAUAUCAAACAGGAGUUGGACUGGACCUUCACGUGGGGGUUUGGGGGUGAUCUGGAGCAGUGCCAGUCUCUGCUGCAGCCUUGGGAGCUGCGGGCCAAGCCCAGAGUGGGUCAGAGAGGUCAGAGGUGCGGGGGGGGCAAGGGAAAAACGAGCUUGCAUGUACCCCAUCUGCAUCACCCCUGUGAACUGGGGUCUUUGCUAGGCUCUUAGAGCCAGUUCAGGCUGGGGUAAUCCCCAGCCCCUCUCUGUAAGGGACAGGUGCCCACACCACCAUACGCCAGCCUGCACGGGGCUGCCACCUCCCAGGGGUGGGCACGACCCCCGGGCCGGGGGCUCCCUGGGCUGGCCGUCAUUUUAACCAAAGCCCACCCCGCUGUUGGUCCG